AUGGUCGCUACUGAAAUCCCCAAGCACUACACUGCGUCUCCGUCGUCGCACAUUGGAACUCCGCUCUUGACCAUCAACAAAGAGGCUACCAUCGACCUCGACUCCACCAAUUCCUUCGAAGGUCCGGAGAAGCUCCUCGAAGCCGGUCCGCUCGGACUCAAGAAGGUUUCCGCGGACACCUGGAAGGAGAUGCUUGAUCUCGUCAACUGCAAGGUACUCUCCGUCAUUGAGUCUGAGCAUGUGGACGCCUAUCUCCUGUCCGAGUCGAGCAUGUUCGUCUUCCCUCACAAGGUUGUGCUCAAGACAUGCGGCACCACCACUCUGCUCUGGGGCCUGACACGCCUCCUCGAAAUCGCCGCGGUCGAUCCUGGCACUGGUCUCGCCCCUGCUGCUGCCCCCUACCGCGUCUUUUACAGCCGCAAGAACUUUCUCAACCCCGACCAACAGCGCGGUCCCCACCGCAGCUGGCGCGACGAAGUCCGCUUCCUCGACCAGCGAUUCCAGGGCGGCAGUGCAUACAUGAUUGGCAAGAUGAACGGCGAGCACUGGUACCUUUACAUCACUGGCCCUGAUACCCAGUUGACUCCACCUCCCAGCCCAGGCUGCGAGGAUGCAGACGUUCCCGAGACCGAGACCAAGUACGUCAGUCACCCUGAGCGCAUGCUGCGCGAGCAGGUCACCGACGAAGAGGAGGACGAGACUCUGGAAGUUCUGAUGACCGAUCUCGAAGAGAAGAACGCUCGCCAGUUCUACCUCGAGGACGCAAGUGCGGUUGCGGAAGGUCGCUACAUCCAGAAGGCUCGCGAGGCCCGCAAGAGUGCGAUCCAGUCUCUCGGCACUAUCUCUGAGGAGAAAUGCGAGAGCCUUGGUGGGUCUACCAUGCUCAACACUUCGACUGCCCCCACGCAGAUCUCGGACGACAGCUUCGACGUCUUCGAGCAGACUUCCUCUGACCACUCCGGCUUCGCUUCGGACGAGGAGUUGACCUUCCCCGAGGAAUUGACCACCGAAGGUCACACGCUCGGCACCGUCGUCUCCGAAGCCUGUGGUCUCGCGGACGUCUACCCCACAUCCAAGUACCCCGAUGCCCGCAUCGACGCCUAUCUUUUCACUCCCUGUGGCUUCUCCGCCAACGGCGUCAUCCCCGCCCCCGGUGGCGCCCCAGACGGCCACAAGAAGGGCUCAGACGCCACGCACUAUUUCACCGUGCACGUCACACCCGAGCCCCAAUGCUCCUACGCCUCUUUCGAGACCAACGUUCCCGCCCGCCAGACUGGCCGCGAAACUGCCGACAUCGUGGAGCACGUCGUGGGCAUUUUCAAGCCUGGAAGAUUCAGCGUUACGCUUUUCGAAGCGAAGCCUAGUGAUGAAGUUGCGGCGGCUAAGGGCAAGGCGGAGGUCAAGCGCAUGGAGGGGAUCAAGGGAUAUAGGAGGGUCGAUCGUAUCGUGCAUGAUUUGGACGGGUACGAUUUGGUGUUCAGGUACUAUGAGAGGGACGAUUGGAAGGGUGGAAAGCCGAGGUUGGAGAAGAGUUUGAUUAGAGAGUUUUUCUAAGUGCUGAGUAGUGUUGUUAAUGAAGUUGAUUUUAUUCGGG